UUGGAUACUAGCUGCCCUACAUGUGGGGUUCUGGGGAUCGAGGGGUCUUCACGAGAGACUAAGGGAUCCCGUCGAAGAGCCGGUUGAUGUGCCGCCAGCUUCUAGGUACGAUUCGUGGCACUUGUGACCUGACACCGGCCAAGAGGGACGGGAUUGUGCCAUGAGGGGAGGGAAUAUUAUAUAGAAGGCUGGUCCUGGAAUGGUCCUCGAACAACGCAUUCAUACUUCAACAUCAUCCCUUACCUACAGUUGUCGCAUCAGCAAUUCUCAUACCACUUUACUACCACACCUCCAACUCUCAAUACCGCAGAUAUGCCCGGAUCCGAGCGAUUCAACCCAGACUUUACCCAGAGCGUCAUUGACGCGAUGGGGCCCAAGACCGACCCUCGAACCAGAGAGAUCAUGGCUUCAUUGAUCACGCAUCUCCACGACUUCACCCGAGAGGUCGAGCUUACCAUUGACGAGUGGAUGGCCGGUGUUAAAUUCAUCAACUUGAUUGGUCAAACCUCAACUGCCACAAGAAACGAGGCUCAUCGUAUCUCCGACGUUGUUGGCCUUGAAUCCCUGGUGGAUGAAAUCGCACACAAACACAUCAACGAAAACGGCGAAGAGCCCACCUCCUCCUCCAUCUUGGGCCCUUUCUGGAGUCCCAAUGCCCCUUUCCGCGAGAAUGGCGGUUCUAUCAUCAUAAACCCUCCUCCGAAUGGCCAGAAGACGCUUAUGCACGGAGUGAUCACCGACCUCGACACCAAGAAGCCUAUCCCCGGGGCCGUCAUCGACAUCUGGCAAGCAUCUGCCAAUGGCAAAUACGAUUUCCAAGACCCAGAGAACCAGGCCCCCAACAACCUAAGGGGCAAGUUCAGGUCUAACGAAAAGGGCGAAUACUGGUUCUACUGCCUGAAGCCAACUGCGUACUCUCUGCCAACUGAUGGUGCUGCUGGUGCUCUUUUCCGAGCACUAGACCGCCACCCGAUGAGACCUGCUCAUAUUCAUUUGAUGAUGACUGCGGAAGGGUACAAGCCCGUGACUACCCAGCUAUAUCCCCGGGAUGACCCAUAUGUUUCCAACGAUACUGUAUUUGCUGUCAAGGACGAUUUGCUCAUCGACUUCCACCCCUCCAAGGAUCCCAACGCCAAACUUGAUCUCGAAUACAACAUCAGAUUGGCGCCGCGGGAAGUAAAUACUGCGCCCUUGGAAGGACAAAGAACCACCACAUCAACAAUGCGCCUUCCCUAUGCCCCCAAAACCCCUCCAUCUCCCUCCCUCGAACCCAUCUACAGCCGCAUCGCCGCCCGUCGCGCUCCACGGCCCCUCAUUCCCUUGGACCUCGCCCUCCUCCACUCUCCUCCCGUGGCCGAUGGCUGGAACUCCUUCAUCGGCGCCCUGCGCAUACAAACCCAGUUGGACGGUUCCAUCCGCGAGCUCGCCAUCUCCCGCGUCGCAGUUCUAAACUCCGCCGUGCAUGAGUGGAACUCGCACGCGCCUCUCGCUUUCAAAGCCGGGAUAACAGCCGAGGGGCUAGCAACAGUUUUGAGAGGGGAGGAGGUGGGCAAGGGAGGCAAAGGUGGAGAAGGGGGAUUGACGGAGAGGGAGUGGGCCGUGGUGGCUUAUACGGAUCAGAUGACUAGAGGGGUUGUGGUGGAUGAGGGGGUGUUUGGGGAGUUGAAGAAGUGGUUGGGAGAGAGGGAUGUGGUGGAGUUGACAGCGGUGGUGGCGGGGUAUAAUUGUAAACCAGCUUUCACACCCCUAAACACGCGGCGAGCGGCUAGUUCCAAGCAUCCGAAGGGAUUCGUCCCGCCAACGAAAGAAGACCUGAAUGAGCUUAGGGAGAGCGUGCAGGAGUUCACAAGACGCGAAAUCCCCGAAGACCUGGCCCAAAAAACCGACCACACGAAUGCCUUCCCCAACGAGAUAUGGCCAAAGCUAGGAGAAGCAGGCUUCCUCGGCGUGACCGCAGAUGAGGCCUACGGCGGGCUGGGGAUGGGAUACCAAGCCCACUGUGUGAUUAUGGAGGAAAUAAGUCGGGCGUCGGGCAGCAUUGCGCUCUCCUACGCCGCGCAUUCACAGCUGUGUGUGAACCAGUUCAUGCUGAAUGGGUCGCCGGAGCAGAAGGCGAAGUAUCUGCCGGGACUGAUUGCGGGAGAGAAGAUUGGGGCGUUGGCGAUGUCGGAGCAUUCGGCGGGGUCGGAUGUGGUGAGUAUGAAGAUGACGGCGAAGGAGGUGGAUGGGGGGUAUUUGCUUAAUGGGACGAAGAUGUGGAUUACGAAUGGCCCGGAUGCACAUUAUAUCAUCGUCUACGCAAAGACGGUCCCGGACGCAGCAAGUAAGGGUAUAACGGCAUUCAUCGUUGAAACUACCACCAAAGGUUUCUCCUGCGCGAAGAAACUCGAUAAGCUAGGCAUGCGGGGUUCAAAUACCGGCGAGCUAGUUUUCGACGACGUAUUUGUGCCCAAGGAGAACGUACUGGGAGCCUUGAACAAGGGCGUGCGCGUAUUGAUGGAGGGAUUGGACCUCGAGCGACUCGUUCUGAGCGCUGGUCCGCUAGGUCUCAUGCAAGCCGCUCUCGACAUCACUCUCCCGUAUACCCACACUCGCAAACAGUUCAACACCCCAAUCGCCCACAAUCAGCUCGUCCAAGGCAAGCUCGCAGAUAUGUACACGAAGUACAAAGCUGCCUCCUCCUACACCCACGCCGUUGCAGCAGCGGUCGACAACGGCAGCCCUAUCUUGACUCAGGACUGCGCGGGCGCCAUCCUGUAUGCUGCUGAGCGUGCGACAGAAUGCGCCCUAGAUGCUAUUCAGCUCAUGGGUGGGAUGGGGUACAUGAAUGAGGUUCCGGCAGGGAGGUUGCUGCGAGAUGCGAAGCUGUAUGAGAUCGGUGCUGGGACGAGCGAGGUUAGGAGGAUGGUGAUAGGGCGGGCGUUUAACAAGGAGUACCGAGAGUAGGUAUCUACUCGAAUAUCAUUCUUGUGAGCGCAAAAGGGGGGUUUGGGAUCUAAGGCAUUGCUUUGGAGUUUAUGUCUGGGGUUGCUUCGAUAAGUGUGGAACUAUGGUCUCGAUGUAACAGGAACCAUCGCUCUGGCAGUUUAAAGCAAUUAUUACAUAGGCCAAUGCACUUCUAGGAUGUGAUGUAAAGUAC